UUCAGACGUGUGCUCUUCUGAUGUCAGGAAAAGGUUCUGAUGUCAGGAAAAAGUUCUGAUGUCGGGAAAAGGUUCUGAUGUCGGGGAAAAUCCUAAUGCCACUAGGUGAAAUUUCCUGUAUUUCUGUAGACAACAGGCCUAAGGUUCAAUAAGGAUACAGGGAAAGUUUGUUAUUUUUCAUACCAAUGUGGGGUGGUUUCCUACUUGAUUGAUGUUUUUACUGUGCAUGUGGCAGUGUAUCGAACAGUUGAGACUGGUCGAGAAUUCCUGCACUGACACAGAUCUCAAGUAGUUCUGAAAGGGGGGCAUUGGAAUAGAUUAGAACGGGGAUUUUUUAGUUUAGGGUGUUGCAGAGGUGGUGAAUUAAAACGAGUGGUUAGACUGGGAGAACCCCCAGCGAUUAAGCGCACAGAGCACUAGGCUCCGUGUAGAAGCUUCUUAAUCGGGUCCCCACUCGGGCACUGUGCCAUUCACCCUCUCUGAAUAACACGUGUACAUAUUUAAUGAUGUUGCAAAAGGUUAUUGACAAAUGGAAGGACUGUAAACCCGGCUCCUUCUGGUCGGUGCUGUUAGAAACAGUAAAGAGGUGGCGUAAGAAAGCUACAAAGGAGGCAAAAGCAAAAUUUCAUGAGACAGGAGUAUGGCAAAGAGGAUGGGCAGAAAAAGAAGCAAAAAGGACAGAAACAUUUCUGCCUAAUUGCCAGUGUUGUUUGGGAGAAGUUAAAUUCCCCAUUCACGAGGUGCCAGUUAAGACCUUGACUUCUCCGGAGACACACUGUGCCGAGUUUAGAGAUAACACGUCCAAACCAAAAACAAUUCAGACUCAAUGUGCCAGGCCCAGAGACAAAACAAUUUCACCAAAAGCAACUGAGAUUGCUCCGGCACCCACAACCUCGCCCCCUCCCUUCGCUGAGGCAAGGGCGAUGUUGGAAGCAAUCCAACACCAGAUGCCUCAAAGUGAACCCACUAGCUCGAAAACAACUAGCACGCCUCCAAAUACCACUUCUGCUAUGGCAGAAGUAGAGCUACCUACUUCAGUCGUUUUGUCUGAUACCUUUGAGCCCCCAACAGAACAAUCUCGAUCAGACGCUACACCGUCUGAACAUGAAUACGUGAACAGCCCUGGAGCUGCAGGUGGUGACACCACUGUACAUGGGGCACCCUCUGCUGUUGAGCGAAGGGGGCUCCGUGAUGGGAGAGUAUCUGUUGAUUCAUCACGUCACCCUCACAGGCAUGAUCAUGGCAACAUUAACACUUGUUCAGACACCCAUCGUCGUCACCAUCAAAUGCCUUUAGUGACAGCAACCACCACUGGAGGCCGCGCCUCCACCUCUUAUUCGCCCUUUUCUCUACUAGACACAACACUGAUUAAGACCAAGCUGCCUGACAUCAACAAAGGGGGCGCGCCUUGGAUAAAGGCAUUUUUGGAGGUAUGCGCAGGUGUAGUCCCUGCUCUGGGUGAUUUCAGACGCGUGUUUGCAACUUGCACGUCCUUGGGAAUGUUGAGAGAAAUAGAGCAACACUGUCUGACUGAUGCAGACCCAGACGAUGUGCCUUUGAGUCACUUGGUUCAUUCUCUUUGGCCUGCCAUAAGAGAAAAGUUUCCGGUGCAGAUGCGGUCAGCUGAGUUGAGUCGCAUCCCACCUGAUGAGGAUGAGAAAGGGGCUGCGUAUUUACUUAGAGUACGGGAAAUGUGGCAGGACAGAACUGGUGAAGAUCCUGUUGACAAUGAGACUCUUGAAUUGCUAUUUAGGGGAGCAGUUGAGGCUUCAGUGCCCCCGUCUACACAAGCUGCACUCAAAAAGGUGGUAGGACUGCCUGUCAUAAACUAUCACAUGUGGGCGGCCCAUGUCACUCAAUACCUGGAUAAUGAGCUUGAGCAACGCAUUCAGGAGAAAAAAGAUUUGUUCUCCCUUAAGACACAGUUGGUUAAAUCACAACUAAGGGAGAUAAGAGAUAAAGAAAAACAGAAUAAAGCAUCUGUUAAACAGCUUCUCCAACAGGCUCCUCCUCAAGUGCCACCCCUUGUGCAGCCCCCUCCUCAGGUGCCUUACAGCCCUUACCCGGAACUAACACCCUACCCUCAUUCACAGGCGGUAAAACAGAACAGACCUUGUUGGUUCAAAAACGUUUGGCGAGGCAAACUAUACGAUCACAAGCCCAAAUCAAGGCCAAGCAGAGAUGAUACAUGCUACACAUGCAGAGGCUACAGACACUGGGCUGCACGUUGUCCGACCUACUCACACCCACCAGACUUCCGUGUUCCACAAUAUGCUUAUGACAUUUAUCCGCCCCCACAGCAUGGUUCUACUAUGCCCUGCAUGAAUCAGAUCAGGUUGCCAUAGUCAGGUGCAGAGGACACCAAAAAGGAGAUGGAGGGGACCAUAUAAGGUGGCUGAAGUUACAUCACACUGUGUGAAGGUGUGGUCAACAGACGACAGGCUAAGUGACUGGAUACACAAGACCCACUGUGUACUGACCCAGGACCCAGACGACAGAACAUUGACUGAGGUUCGGACUGACUUAGGAACCUCUCCUACUGACACUGACUGGACACUUGACCUUGACUGGGACACACUUAGACACGGAGAUGGCCAUAAUUGUAUAUAGGAGUGUAUAUAUACUUUCUAUUUUAUUUCUAUUUUUAUCUAUUUCACUAGCACAGUGCUGGGGUUGUUACCAUUGCAUUUCACUGCUGCUGUACUUGUACAUUCAUGCAUGUGACAAAGAUGAAUCUUGAAUCUUGAAUAUUGUACCAUGAGACUAUGGACGUGAGGCAACAAUGCGGCAGACAUCAGAAAUCAGAAAUCUUAAUUGUCAUUAUGCCAAAAGCAUAACAAAAUUAUGGGGGUUUUCCAUUUCCAGCGUUUCAUCAGAAGAAUAAAGGAGAAACAACUAACAACAAGAUUAAAAAAAAAUAUAUGACAAGCAGUUUAAAAGCAACUGAAGCCUCAGUUAAACCAGAAAAAAUAGCAUUCACACACAACAGAAGUACUUAUGUACUUACGUCAGCAAGCGUAUAGUGGAGGUCACUGUGCGUGCUCAAAAGGGACAGCCCUUAUCUCAUAACAUUGGCGACAACGCCAUUUAAAGGAUAUCACUAAAUAUUUCGCACCAUGGACAGGAUACAGGGCCUGUCUUUCUCUCUUUCUCUAUUUUACACACAUACACACACACACACACACACACAAAGCAUUUACACCACCUUUAAUAGCAGCUUUAAAUGAUAGGCCUUUGAAUUACUGGAAUCAUGAAAUGCACACACAUAAUUUGAGUUCAGAUUACAUAGUCUGGAAAUAUUAGAACCAUCCACUUUCGUGGAAAGUUCUUGCAAGAAACAAGUUGUGUGACAGACUGCAAUAAAGGCUAUUUACAUUUAGACAACAUAAAUAAAUUCAGGGUUAUGAAGGAAAAUAUGCAGAUGUGUUGGAUUCCGGAAAAUAAAAGAAUAAUGAAUUGCUCUAAAAUGACAACACAUUAAAAUAUUAAAGCUCAGAGAGAGCGGAAAGGGCUGGGGAGUUUUUCUGAUACAGAGGCUUCCUGAAAGAUAGUAAUUGACUUUAUUGAUAUGGGGGAUCUGACUAUCAUUUCUCAAAAUGUAAAUGGACUCAAUAAUUGUAUCAAAAGAAAGAAAAUUUACAACAAAUGAAAAAACAAAAAGGUGACAUACUAUUUUUUCAAGAAACACUUGACACAGGAGGAACAUAAGAAGUUAGGUAUGAUUGCAAACGCUCAGGUUUUCUCCUCUUCCUAUAACUCAUCAAGGAGAGGAGUAGCCCUUAUCACAAAAAAUUACAUAGCAUUCCAAAAGACAAAUAGUAUAACAGAUAGGGAAGGACGACAUGUCUUGGUGAUGGGCAAAAUAGAAAACAUAGAAAUAAUCUUUAUAAAUAUUUAUUACCCACCAGACGAGGAUACUGAACUUAUGAACCAAAUUAUCGAUUUAAUAGUAACUGAAGGAAGAGGAAAAGUUAUUAUUGGGGGUGACUGGAAUCUAAUCCUAAACCCUACCCUGGAUUCAACAUCAAGAAUUAAACAUAGGUCCGAGAAAACUGCAAAUAUCCUGCGUAAAGCGUGUAGAGAACUGGGGAUAAUAGAUGUCUGGAGAACCUUACAUCCAAAAACAAAAGCCUAUACAUAUUAUUCUAAUAGACACGCCACGUAUAAUAGAUUGGACUAUUUCUUCAUGUUUAACAAAGACAUAUCAACUGUCAAAAACUGCAUUAUCGGAACAGGAACACUAUCGGAGCAUGCAAUGGUUACCUUAACAGUAAAACUAAAUUCAAUAAAGGGGAAAAUUUGUGGAGGAUGAACAACUCACUUCUGCAAGAUGAAGAUUUUAAAGAUACUGUUAAAAAAAAAAAAACACUAAGUGAAUACUUAGAACUAAACGAUACUGAAGAAAUUAAUAGCAUAAUCUUAUGGGAAGGGGCGAAAGCUGUCUUAAGGGGAGAAAUAAUUAGAUACUCAUCAUAAGAAAAAAACAGCAGGAAAAGGUAAGACAGAACUUCAAUCACAAAUAAAAGUACUAGAAGACAAACAUAAAAAAUCACAUGAUCCAGAAUUAAAUAAACAAUUGAAAAAGAAACGAGCUGACUUAGAUAAAGUGCUGACAGAAGAAGUAGAGAAAUCCUUAAUACUUACUAAACAAACACAUUAUGAUGGAGGUACGAAAUCAAGGAAAGUUUCAGCCUACAGACUCAAGAAACAAAAAAGUAAAUCUUAUGUCACCAAGUUAAAUCUGGAUACAGAUGAAGUCCAAACAGAAAAAAAUGAAAUUGCAGAUGCAUUCGCAAAAUAUUAUGAGGCAUUAAAUAAAGAUGAUAAUGACAAAGUAUAUGCAAAAGAAACUGAGGCAUAUAUUGCAAAACUAAAGCUAAAACAAGUUUUACCAACACAAAAUGACAAACUUGUUAGGAAAAUAACGGAAGAGGAACUAUUAAAUCAAAUUAAGAUAUUAAAAAAAAGAGACGUGCCCAGGAGACGAUGACUACCCUAAUGAAUUUUAUAAAGAGUUUCAAGGAUUGCUUUUACCCCUUUUAUAUAAAGCCUAUAAUUUUGCGUUAGAAUCGGGAACCUGGGCAGCAACAUGGAAUUCAUCUGUAAUCACUGUCAUCCAUAAGGAGGGAAAAGAUAAAACAGAUAGAUCUUUCUAUCGUCCAAUUUCAUUAUUAAACACCGGCCAAAUAGAAAAAAAAAAAAAAAUAUUAACAGCCAUAUUAGCCAACAGACUUAAAGUUAUCAUGCCAGAUUUAACAGACAAUGACCA